AGGGCGGCAAUCAAGUGGCUUCCAGAAGCUUCGCUUUCUUCACGUACAAAACCAGAGUAGUGGGUGGCAUGCAGGUCCCCUAGCUCAGAUUCCAGAAGUAAUGCAAAAACUGAAGGGAUGGACCGAAGGCCAGCUUCUCUACGCGACCCCGCAACACACACGCGAGCCGACUAAGCGUGAGCUUUCCGGGCACCUGUAGGUCGGAGCCUCCCCGGCCAAGCGCCGGAAGUGGCCGUGCGGCAGCUUCCUCUCCGGGUAGGCGAAACGUCCCAGCUGCGCCGCUGUGUUCCGCCAGCCGCCGGGAGCCGGGGACCAUGGAGGCCUCGUUCGUGGUGGUGGGAGGCGGCAUUGCGGGCGUCACGUGCGCGGAGCAGUUGGCUAUUACCUUUCCAUCAGAAGAUAUUCUCCUGAUAACAGCCUCUCCUGUUAUUAAAGCAGUUACAAAUUUCAAGCAGGUUUCUAAAGUACUGGAAGAAUUUGAUGUUGAAGAACAACCAAGUUCCAUGUUGGAGAAUCGCCUUCCCAACAUCAGGGUCAUAGAAUCUGGGGUGAAGCAGCUGAAGAGUGAAGAGCACUGCAUCUUCACAGAAGACGGACGUCAGCAUGCUUAUAAGAAACUCUGUCUGUGUGCUGGAGCUAAGCCAAAGUUGAUCAGUGAAGGAAAUCCCUAUGUGUUAGGAAUCCGUGAUACAGACAGUGCCCAGGAAUUUCAGAAACGUCUUACUAAAGCUAAAAGAAUCAUGAUUAUAGGGAAUGGUGGCAUUGCACUCGAGUUAGUGUAUGAAAUAGAAGGCUGUGAAGUGAUCUGGGCCAUAAAGGACAAAGCUAUUGGGAAUACAUUCUUUGAUGCGGGAGCGGCCGAGUUUUUGACUUCCAAGCUCAUUUCUAAAAAAUCGGAAGCUAGAAUUGCACAGAAAAGAACCAGAUACACAGUUGGAGGAUCAAAAAAGGAAGCCAGAACCAAAGCUGAAUCUGAGAGCGUGGGCAGCGCCUUGGGCCCGGACUGGCACGAAGGCUUGGCCCUGAAAGGAGCAGAAGAGUUCUCCCACAGCAUUCACAUUGAAACUGCAUGUGAAGUAAAGAAACUGUACCUUCAGGAAGAGUUCAAGAAAACAGAGAAACAGUCCGUAGCUUUCCCAAAGGCUCACCAUGGUAAAUCGGUUACCACUGAUGAAGAGACGUGGCCUGUGUAUGUGGAAUUGACCAGUGGAAAGAUAUAUGGCUGUGAUUUCCUCGUCAGUGCUACAGGAGUCACACCCAAUGUAGAGCCUUUCCUCCAGGGAAACAAUUUUGACCUAGGAGAAGACGGCGGCCUGAGAGUAGAUGACCAGAUGCGCACAUCCCUUCCCGAUGUCUAUGCUGCUGGUGACAUCUGCACUGCGUGCUGGGAGCCAAGCCCAGUCUGGCAGCAGAUGAGACUGUGGACGCAGGCACGGCAGAUGGGGUGGUACGCGGCCAAGUGCAUGGCUGCGGCUACCUUGGGAGAAUCCAUCGACAUGGACUUCAGCUUUGAACUGUUCGCCCAUGUAACAAAAUUUUUUAAUUAUAAGGUUGUAUUGCUGGGAAAAUACAAUGCUCAAGGCUUGGGUGCCAACCAUGAGUUAAUGCUGAGGUGCACCAGAGGCCAGGAGUACGUCAAGGCCAUCAUGCAGAAUGGGCGGAUGAUGGGAGCUGUCUUAAUUGGUGAAACUGAUUUAGAGGAAACGUUUGAAAAUCUAAUUUUAAACCAAAUGGACCUUUCACCAUACGGAAAAGAUCUGCUAGAUCCAAAUAUUGAUAUAGAGGAUUAUUUUGACUGAAAUUGGAAUUUCGUCAAGAACAUAUGAAGUUCUAAAUAAAGAAGAAAGAAAAGUAAGAAUACCUGCACUGAUUUAAUGACCACAUUGGCGUUUAAAAUACACAAGUUAUGAUCUCAGUAGGAGAGAAGUACAUAAAAAGCUUAGGACGAGCUCUAUGUCAAGGACUGCUUACAGAUACACUUUUCUAAUACAGAAAUGACCCCUCCUGCCACAGGGGGGUCUUCAAUUACUCGUAAACGUUCCGCUUGUGGCUUAGCUUCAGAGCGCAUGUGGCCAGGCUCCACCGCCGUCCUGUGCUCCAGGGGCAGCGCCAUUGUUUGUGAAGCGUCACAGUGAAGCAGGGUUCGGAGGCCGAGGGCACCCUGCUCCCUAGCAGUGCGGCGGCAUCGUCUCUGCCGUUCAUUCUUUGUACUGAGCUUCAGUUACAGCAGUGUCUUCUAAGCAGAAGCCGUCUACAUCACUCAUCUUAAACUGCCAGCUGCUUGUAGUGACGAGCCCACAUCAGUGUAAACUGCCACCCAUAGACAGCUGUGUCCAGAGAGACGGCAAGAAGGCAUACAGGGCAUAAAGGGCUCAGAGCAGUUAGAACUUAUUCUCAAAUAUAUUAGGUUUAAACGGUUUUACAUAAAGGACUUAUUUUUUCCUGCAUACCAUAAAAUGUAAUUAAUCUCAAAUUUUCAAAAGGUCUUGACUUCUCAAAUCUUCAGA